GAAAGAGGGAAGUGCAGCGGGGAAAGUUAUUUGCCUGUGAAUCGAACACUUUUUCAGACCAGAGCUGCAGUGAGAGCCACUGAAAGAGAAGACGGAGAAGGAGAGGGACGCAUAUUUAAAGGACAUCUUUUUUUCAUGCAGUCAAUCACCUGGACGCUUUGCAGCAGACAGAUACUCACUCACCAGAGACCCAGUGCUCAAUAGCAAAUAUAAUCAAACACUUAGGAGGACAUGAAGACCGGCAAGAAAUCCUUCAUAGCUUUCAUCAAGGAAAGAAAAAUGGGGCUGAAUGACUUCAUCCAGAAGCUGGUGUCUACACCGCAUAUCUGCCAACAUGUUGAAGUGAACAACUUCCUGAAGAUUGAUGAGAAUCAAAACGAAGAGGUUGAAGAUGAUGAACUUCCUCAAAGUCUGAUGUACCUAAAUUCACGCAGUUCCCUGGCUGAAGAAACUCAGAUCAAACCCUGUGAUUUUGACUACCUCAAAAUCAUCGGCAAAGGCAGCUUUGGAAAGGUGAGUCUGUCUAACUUCUCUUUUAUGUCAAAAUAUUACGCUGUCAAAGUGCUACAGAAGAAAAUCAUCAUGAAGAAGAAAGAACAAAAGCAUAUCAUGGCUGAGCGCAGUGUGCUGAUGAAGAACAUCAAGCAUCCAUUCCUGGUGGGGCUGCACUACUCCUUCCAGACUACUGACAAGCUGUACUUUGUACUCGACUACGUCAAUGGCGGAGAGCUGUUCUACCAUCUUCAGAGAGAGAGGAUCUUCCUGGAGCCCAGAGCCAGGUUCUACGCUGCUGAAAUUGCAAGUGCACUUGGCUACCUCCACUCCCUGCACAUUGUCUACAGGGACCUGAAGCCUGAGAACAUCCUGUUAGACUCACAGGGCCACAUUGUCCUCACAGACUUUGGCCUCUGCAAAGAAGGUGUUGAGGCCAAUGGUACAACAACAACCUUCUGUGGGACGCCUGAGUAUUUGGCCCCUGAGGUUCUCCAGAAGCAGGCGUAUGACCGCACAGUGGACUGGUGGUGUCUGGGAUCGGUGCUCUACGAGAUGCUCUAUGGACUCCCCCCGUUCUACAGUCGCAACACAGCCGAGAUGUACAACAACAUCCUGCACAAGUCCCCCGUCCUCAAGCCCAACGUGUCAAACUCGGGCAGGGAACUGCUGGAGGGGCUCCUGCAGAAGGACCGGACCAAGAGGCUGGGAGUGAAGGAUGACUUUCUUGAACUCAAGUACCAUUCCUUCUUCUCUCCAAUCAACUGGGAGGAUCUGAUGGCCAAGAAGAUCACACCUCCAUUCAUCCCCUCAGUGAGCGGACCCACAGACCUCCGACACUUCGACCCCGAGUUCACCCACCUGCCCGUGUCCUCCUCUCUGUGCACCGAGACCCUGACUGUGACCAGCAGCGUCAAGGAAGCAGCCGGAGCUUUUCCAGGUUUCUCCUACGGACCGCCAGCAGACCACCACUUCAUGUGAACGCCAACAUCUCUGCGCUCCUGUCCGGGGGGUGGGGGGGAGAUAAAAGCUCUGCAUUGAGAUUUUAACCCAGAGGGGGGACGUUUCUGAUAAGCCUGAUAAGUUAGCCGGAUCUAACUGACAAAAUGGACACGAAUACCAGGGGAGGGAGGAGAAUCUUGUGCAUGAAAAGUGUACAGAUGAGGGAGGGGGAGGACUCUCAUGUUACAACACCACCGGCCCUACUCUUCUGCCUCAAGCACCUAACAUUAAAAUAUACGUGUGCCAAGUAUGGAUGCACUGUGGGGUCGUUAACACACGUCUGAUGGCUCUGGACCUCCCAGCUGCUGGCGAAGUGACGUGAAGAAAGAAGUGCCUGAGGUUCGAAAAGGCAGUUUGGACGGCAGCAACAGUGUUAUCAAAAAACAUUUUACUUGUUUUUUGUUGUUGACCUGGGACGCUGGCUGUUAAGGGUUGAUGCCUUCAUUUCGUGUCUACAUAUGUUAAAACAGUUUUUUCCACAAUGCGUUGUUACCGUCGUGUAAAUGCUCGAUUGAACUCGAAGAAUGGUCAAGAAAAGUGAUUCGUUCCACUUUUAAGCAUCAGCAAAACUGUGGAUUAGACGGCUGCAUAUCUUUCCACUUUUUAUUUUCAUAUCUCUAGUUCGGACAAAGAAGUAACGGCUUCAAUAAUGUACACUAAUAGUGACAUGUGGACCAAACUGUUAACUAUGGUACGCUUUAAAACAGACAAAACGGUUUGUCCUCAUAAACUGAAGAUCAAACUUUUACUGUACUGUGUAGAAGAGAAGAGUUACAUAUAUUUUAUUGCAAAAACCAAAAGGUUUUCCUUGUUUUAAUGACCACAAACAUUCUGUUUUUACUUUUAAGAAAGCAUAUAUUAUAAAUGAGUUAUACAUGUAUAUUAAUAUAUAUAUAUAUAUAUAUAUAUAUAUAUAUGAAUAGAUUAAAUUAUAUUUCCUGUAAGGCAAUAUAUAUUUUAUUUUUUGUUUUUUUUCAUUUACAACCAGUGACUGUGUUUAUCUAUAUCUGCUGUUGGCAAAUUUAAUGGAAGACUGCUCUUAUUGAUCAGGAGAGUUCAACCAGCAAUAACAGGCCCACAUCAAUGAUAGCACAUACUGUAAUAUCAGUCGUCUUUCAAAAUUUAAGUGAUUGCUGUUUUUUUGCAAACACUCCAGACAAACUCUAGAAUCUGUGAUAACAAAUGUUUUUUUUGUUUGUUUUUUUUGUAUUUAUGCAUCAUAUAGAGAAGAACUGUGAAUGUCUUGUGCCUGUCCAAGGCGGCCUGAUCCAUAUAUACUGUAUGUACAUAUCUCUUCUCCCUACAAACCUCUUUGUCCCUUUUUUCUAGAAGAUAAUGUGUAUGAGAAAGUGCUUCAUUCAUUGUGGAAAAGAACCACUAGGUGGAGCAGGCGCUGGCUGUUUAACCACACUGGCCUACUGAAUAAUAUGGUUCUGGAAAGUGCAAUAAAAUCUUAUUAACUCAGAAAGAAUUAUUAUCAUUUUAUCUCUUUUAGCAGAAAGUGUAAGUUGUAAUUUAUGAUCUGAUUUGCAUUAAGUUAUUAAGAGAGGCUCUGAUGACUUUGUUUUGUCCCAUUCAGUUUUUAUAUUUUAGGCGUUUUGCAUCUUCAUGCCUGCUGAAAAGAAAGGAAAAAAUAAAAUAAGGCAACACACAGUUCUAGAUAAUUUUCUUCCAUAUUUGGAAGCGUUACUUUUUUUCUGUUUUGUAUUUUUUAUGUAUAUUUAUUUUCAUGCCACUGCUACUGUAUAAAGAAGUUAAUUUACAUGAUCAACUGAGAUACUGAACUGUAAUCUGUGUCAGAAAUGGUGAAUAAAUUCUCUAAAUUAA